AAAACAAACAGUUUGCGUCAGUUUUGCGGAGAAUUCUUCCUAUUGGAAUUUCGAGGGGAAGUGAUACUACACAGAAGAGUGGUAUAUAUUGACUGGAAACUAUUUGGAAGUGCAUAUAUCAACCAACUGUAUUGUAAGUUGUUCAGCGCUGCUAAGACUGUCCACACCAAUUGUUUCAAAUAAUCAACCAAAUAAUUUAGUUUCUUUUUCUGUAAAUAUGAAGAUCGCUCAAGCAACUUUACUCCUUUUCUUUGCAACCAACGUUGCCUGUUUUGGUCUCCAUCGCCUUUUUGGAGACUUGCUUAAUCCCCGGACAGGAUCAACUACACACCACAGCCGCACUUUGGAUAUACAAAAUAGUGGGGCUUCUCUCAUGGAUGCCAUGUUAUGGGACGAACUGGGGGACUCGGGGAGUUCUGAAGAAGGGGGUUUAUUCUAUCUAUUUCAUAUGCUUAAUAAUUAUGAUACCGGUGAUUACCCCGUAAACUUCGAAACCACUACAUUCAAGCCCCCUCAAUCUACCAUCGGAACAAAUAUUGAUGACACAAAACCGAUCAAAACCACCGAAACUCCAACAAAGAGUACAACGGAAAUAACGACAAAUAAGCCUCGUACGUCUACAACUAUACAACCUGCUGUUACAACUGAGAGUACUACAGUGGAUUCAACAACUACUAGAACUUCAGAAGAAAUGACCGAGAGCAGCGAAACACCAAUAGAAACAACGACGCAGCCAGUUGUAACCGAGGACAAUGUGACUCAGACUGCUUCAUCGGAGAGGUUCACUACAUCAACGUCUGCUUCUACAACCACCCAGACUGCGUCAUCGGAGAGCUUCACUACAUCAACGUCUGCUUCUACAACCACCCAGACUGCGUCAUCGGAGAGCUUCACUACAUCAACGUCUCCUUCUACAACCACCCAGACUGCGUCAUCGGAAAGCUCCACACACCUCAUGGCUUCAACCACAACUCCCUACUCAAUCACGACUGAAGAUACUUUUAUUGAAGGGGACUUAACCGGCGAUGAAAAAGUGAACAAAACAGAACUAAAUUCAACAGACGACAUCACUAAAAUCAUUGACGAGUACAACGAUUAUAUUGAUGAAGGCCCAACAAGGGGUGACCUGCACUCCAACAAAAACAAGGGACUACAUACCUCAUCUGACGCCACUCCGACCACAGGGGGUAGUGGAAUCAUAGAUGAGUACUUAUCAAGCUUGAAGAAAACCAAUGAUAUUAACUCAACCAAAGAAUCAACCGGCAAGGAUCAGAAAUCAACCAUUGUGGCUGAUAUAUCCGUCCAAAAUAUUGGUAAUAUUCCUUUUGACCAGGCUAUACAAUCUUUAAACAAUAAUCCACAGCUUGGUCUGGGCGAUAGGCAAAACAUUUUGUCAGGGAUUUCCGUUGCCGCUGUGGAUAAUACUUUGAAAAAUGACGUCACAGCCACUUUACCAAAACCAACUGUGUUUUUUACUCCGCCAAGUUCUCAAGUUAUGGAAAUGUCAAAAUCUCAACAAAAAUUAUUCUCAGAAAGAGUUGCAAGAAUAGGAAACGAUUUUGUUAUCUUACCGGACUUUAAUAAUGGAGCAGUUCUUUUGGAGCCAAUUAUUUCUUCCGGAAACAUCAAAACAAACACAAUACCCAACUUUGAGUAUGUUCCUCCUAAAACUUUGUCUUUUGAAGAGAUACCAAACACUGUAUAAUACUUAUGAAUUUUAAUAUUCCGUUGUGCAUAAUGUGUUUUUCUAUCCCAUGAAAUCCGUUUUUUUUAAAAUAAUCUUUUCUCUAUAUUGCACUUUUAAUAUUAAUAUAUAUGUUUGAAUGUGUGCGUGUGUAGUUUACAUAAUAAAAAGUAAACAUUA